CCUUCGUCCUGAGGGGGGCAGCAUUGCCACGCAGACAGCUGGAAUUUCAUGAGAAGAAGACGAGUGCUCGGAAACCCGGAAGCUGGAAGUUUUCUCCGGGUGGCAGACGCUUGUUUCUUUUGUUGUUGUUUCCUAACUUUUUCACAUACAAUCCAUUUGUUUUUGAGUUCUCUGUUCAUUUUCGGGGAUCAUAUUCUGAUUUCUGCCCUCUUCUCGGAACCCAGUUUCUCUGAACCAGCUGUGUUUUUAUGUCGAGGAGAGCAAAGCGGGAAAUUUGAAAUGUCCUCUCUGAGACCAGUCUGGAGACCAUCACUUCUUUAAAAGGGCAACCCAGUAACUCGCGCUAUGUUGUCUCCGACUCCCUUUGACCCACACACAGUCAGCCAGGAUCGGACUUCUUUAGACUCUGACACAGGGAAUGUUUUAAUUCGUUCCACCCGGGUUUUUCUCCCGAACCGGGGGCAUGAAAAUGAACCAGGAUCUGUGCAGAUAACCGUCCAAAAGCUGCGGGACCAUGAGCAAGUCCAGGUCCAGCAACAUCACACGGAACAACAGCGGAGGGGACAGAGACCCAGACAGAAGCUGGGCAGCGGUCAUUCAGAGCGGGCAGCAGCGGAGAUUCAGACCGGUCAGGAGCUGCUGACGUCUCGCUUCACGGCUGGAGGCCGACAAGCUGUGCUAGGAGCUCUGAAACAGCGCUCUCACAGUGCCCCCCACAGAAGAGAGGUCAGAGUACAGCUGCUGGACCCAGAGCCCCUCCAGACCAAAACAAACCAGAACCUUUCUGCUUUUAGCUGUCAGGAUGCAGAUGUUGUGGUGGGGGUCCAGUCAGAGGCAAGACCAUCCUCCGGAUACCAUGGAGACACCAGCAGUGCAGCGGCAGCGGCUGCUGCAGCGGUUGCUGCUGCUGCCCCCAUCAUUAAGGCUCAGUCAGAUCUGGAGGCUAGGGUGACUCAGCUGGCCGACGGCAUGCAGAAGCUGCUUCACACCAGCAGAGAGGCCGAAGACAGGGGAUGGCGUAUGAGCCAGCAGCGUCUGCAGCACCAGGAAGCGCUGCAGAGCCUGCAGCUGCAGAACCAGCUUCUGGAAUCAACCCUCAAGAUGGUGACAGACCGUGCCUCCACAACACCUGAGGUGUCAGCUUCAGCACACAGAACCAGCAGACAGCACCCGAGUUCCUCCACCACUGAUGUAGAAGCAGCUCCUGUUACCAUGGAAACACGGCGUUGUGACGACAUGCCAGAGCGAAGCAGGAGAGAUGAGCUGCAUCUGCAGAGUGUUUCCAAGACUGAAGCUUCUCACCCACAGAGUUCAGCCUGUCACAGUCAGGAGGCUGUGAGGAGCGCUAAUGAGAUGCUGAGGAGGAUGGGAAGUCUGGCCGCUGAGAUGAAGUUGCUGUUGACGCAGCCAGAGGACUCACCAGAAUCCAUCAGACCUGCCCCAGACCCGCUCCAGGUCCAAGAAAACCAACUUCAGUCCCAAGAAGACCAGCUUCAAUCCCAUCAGUCCCAGUCCCAUCAAGACCAACCCUCAAGAAACUAUUCCCAAAACAAUCAGUUCCCAAUCAAACACUCCCAGUUCCACCAAAGACAGUCUAACCAGAAGAGAUCUCAAGACCAGCAGUCCUACGAGUACCAGUCCCCAUCCCAAAACUUGCUGUCCCAUCAAACAACAUCCCAACGUAAACCGCCACAGUCUCCUCACUGCCUGUUUCAUCAAGACCUGUCUCACCAGAACCACAUCCAUCAACCUCAGUUCCAACUGUACCAGCCUCCACUAGUUCAGAAGAAAUCCUCAAGUCCAUCCAUGCUAGAGGAGGCUGGACAGGUUCUUCGUCAGGCUCAGAGACAGAAGAAAGUUCUGGAGGAGAACUUAGAAGCUCUGCUGAAAACCAAGACUGGAGAGAUCCUUCACUGCCAGCUGGAAGCCCUGGCUGCUAACAGAGACUGGACUGAGGAGGUUUGGAUCAAGAAAACCGUGGAUACUUGGAUCAAUACUUUAACAAGCGACAUCCAGGCUGAGGUGUCCUCUGUGGAUGCUGCUGGCUGCAGGUCUGCAGACACUGUCACGUCACAGCAGAAGGCUGCAGGAACAGGGAGGCCUGCGAGCAAGCUCAGAGCAACAAGACCAAUGAUGGAAAAAAAAAGAAGACGUCAGCCAGCCGGACCAAGAAUGGAGGCGGAGUCUCUCAGAGUCACAGGUAUACAGACAUCCACCCAGCAGGCAGAGGUGGACAGAGAGUUGCACCUGAGCCGUAUGUAUGGUAAAGUCCCGUACAACGGUCUGAGACGAACCCUGAAGAAGAGCCCGUACCUUCAGUUCAGCUCUCCACCAUCACCACUGAGCAGGAAGUCCCGGCCCCGCCUGGUGGAGAGCAUCAGAGGCGUCAGGCUGAAGUCCUGUAAGACUCAGACCAGUUUUGCACCUCCCUUCAGCCCAUCACCUGGACAACCUCAACAACACCAUGUUUUCAUCUCCUCCUACCAAACCUCACAUGAACCCGCUAACCUCACCAUGCACAACAGCUUCCCUGUUACCAUGGCAAUCCCUCUGGGUCGACCCAGGACAGAGCCCUCCUCCAGGACUGACCCCUCCUUCAGGUGUGAGCGUACUCAGGAAGACACAUCAGUCUCAACUAGCGUGGUAACCGUGGGCAACGGAGUAUCUGACCAACAGAAGCAACAGCUGGAUGAAAACCAAGCUCCAUCAGCUCCGUCAAGUCCAACAGCUCCACCAGCUCGUUCAGCUCCAUCAGGUCCAUCAGCUCCGUCACAUGUGGUCAUCUUGGAGAGGCAUAGUGAGGAAGAUAAGGAAGAAGAGGAUAACAUAUUUCCUGGAACUGAAUCCCUGUUUGUGGCUGAUGUCUACCAGGAGGAGGUGGAGGAGGCUGUGAUCUUAGAUGGGGGUCCGUCUCCAACUCCGGUUCUGUAUCACGGUCCAGCAUUUCCACCAGAAGUCCCCCAUUCUGACCAGGUCCAGACUCCUGUCUUGGCCAUCAACCAGCAGCAGGACAUCCUGGAGAACCGGCUGGUGGAAUGGGUGAGUCAGCAGCUUAUGUCCAGGAUGAUAACAGAGUUUUAUCCCCCAGCUGUUUCUGACCCCGCCCACAGUGACAACGCCAACCACUCAGAACUCAUGGAGCGGAGCCUCUCCUCAGACAUUGUGGAAGCAGCUGGAGCUGGAGAUCUGCAGCUGUUUGUGCACUCCAACACAUCUGUGGACUCUGACUUAAUCAGGAAACUGGUUAAUGAGGUUCUAACCGAGACUGUGGUUCAGAUGCUGGAUCAGAAAGAUUCUCUGAAUGCGGAAGAACCAGGACUAAAUCAGCCAGAAUCUGAACCAAAAGCAGAUAAUGAGGAAAAACUUCCACUGGUUCCUACACCAGCACCCAGCCCACUGCCCUGUCCAGCCCAGUCCAGCAGAGAGGCCAUACCAGUAACCACACCCCCGCCAUCAGAACCAGUCAGCCCACUGGAAAAGGAGCCUCCUCAACCAAUCACAGCAGCAGAUCUUGUAGCCACGCCCACCACCACACCUGAGCCCCAGUUCUCUGAAGGAAAUCCACCUGCUCUUCAGCAUUCCCUGCACCCCCCCACCUGGGGAGACACUGAGCUGCCAUUGGACGAGGAGAGACCAGAUGAACACCCGGAUAUACACAAACAAAGCCUGUGGAUGUCAGUAGCAGAGGAGGAGCCUCCUCUCUGCUCCCCUCUCCCUCCUCCCACCAUCCCCCCAGCACCUGCACCUCCCUCCUCAGAGGAGUCCAGUAGCUGCUCCAGCAGCAGCACAGUGACAGCAGGAACUGAAGCAGCUCUGAAACACAUCUCAGAAGGAGAGCUGCUCAUCAGCAUCAACCAGCUGGCUCCUCUGACAGAGGAGGAGGCCCUCUGCAGUUUCUCCAGCUCUCUCCAGGAGCUUCAAGACAUGGACUUUGAUCCCCCCUCUGCAGAGCAGGUCAGAGGUCGUAACCUCCUUCUGACCCUGCUGACCAAGAUGGAUCAGGGAGUCUCGCACCCUCAGCUGGAGGGCUCCUGGGGGAUGCAGGAGACAGAGGAGGAGCUGAGUGUGGGGGAGAUGAGAGACUAUGAGGCUACAACACCAGUCAGGAGUCCAGAUCUGGGACGGCAGGAUCCAACAUUUUCUCCUGGACAGAGCUGUCAGACUGCAGCUGUACAACAGGAGGAGGAGAAGCAGGGAGAAGCCAGGAAGAUGGAGGAUCCACUGACCUUCAUUAGACUCCAGGAGGAAGAGGAGGAGGUGAUGGAGGAACCACUCAGUGCAGCUUCAGAAUCGGACUCCUCCACUAACGACAUCUUCUGAAUACUCAAGACUGAUUUUAUUUUAUCUGAGACUUUAUUAUUUUAUCAGAUGUGACCAGCAACAGUCUGAACAUGAAGAACUGAUUUACUGAAACACAACUCAGAGUAAUGAUUUUAUCUACACACAAUAAACAUAAAUAAAUAAUAAAAACUAUGCUUCUUAAA